AUGUCCACCAGCGGCAGUCUGUUCGCCAAGCCAAAAUCAUCAUUGGUCGGCGACAGCUCCUCGGAUGCCUCUCAGCAGCCGUCGACGGUGUGGUUCAAGCUGAAUCACGAUCGCUCGCUGGCCGAUGCGGCUGCUGCUGCUAGUGAUGUGGAUGCCGAUCUGGAGGCGGAUGUUGAGGAGCACGACGAUGCUGACGGCGAUACUGAUUUCGAUGAACAUGAGCACGAACACGAACACGAAAACGAGCACGAGCACGACAAUGGCGUUGGUGGAGAUUCGUCCGGUGAGCAUGCGCGCGAGUUGAGCGAUGGCGAUGACGUCAAGGAGCACGUUUUUCCGCUGAACGACAAUGAGCUGCACAACGAGAUGCAUUCGAUUGAGGAGCUGCAGUUACAGUUGCAGCAAUCGCAUGAUGAUCACGAGGAGGACACGGCCGAUGCGGAUGCAGAUCAUGAGUCCGAUGCGGAAACUGAUCCUGAGACAGACUCGCACUACGAGUCGUCGGCCAGGCCAGAUGCGUUGCCCAGCACCACGGAAUCGCCAGCGAUUGAGGUGCGUCUCAAGCAGAUUGCACAGGAUUUUGAGAAGAUGACCAGCUCGCAGGAGCUGCAGCGUGCUGCUGUGGUCAGCAAGGAUGAAAUGACGCCACAAUCAUCGCUCUCGCUAAGUGAUCUGAUACGCACACUGCGUCCCAAUGAGCAGCAAAUCAUUCCACAGAUCGACUCCGACUACUCGAAUGCCAUGCGUGUCCUGGGCAAGACAUCUGCCGUCGUCCUCAACAACAAUAACAACAACGAGGAUUCGCGCAAGUUCAAAGUGUUGCCAGAGCCACACAGCUUCUAA